ACAUUUUGUUCAUCUGUUCAUCCGUCUGCAUGUGUCAGCCGGGAUUUUUCUGCCAUAUCAGCGGAGUGAAUUUUUUUUUUUUUUCCGAAUUUGAAACUUUUUAGACACAUUUUCUUAUCCGAGGGCUUACAUUUUACGUCUGUAAUCAGCAAACCAAGUUGACUAUGUCCGGAUUUGAGAAUCCAUCCACACAAAGUAACCGAAACUGAAAACGGUGAAGCUUUUAGGCUCCUUUUGUGACAGUGACAAUGGGAAAGAAAAGGGGGAAGGACAGGAGCUCCAGAGAGGAUGAUGACAUUGACCUGACAGGUCCUUCCUGCAGACAUAUUAAGAAGGGAACAGACCAAACUCUUUUAAAGAAACUCUCUGGUAAUUCUGAUUGGACAAGUUGCCAGGAUUGUAAGCAUGAAGAGCAUAAAGAAAAUAUCAGCACCACCCUGCCACAGGACACUGAAGAGGAACAAGAAACAGCAGCCGUUUGGAUGUGCUUGAAAUGCGGCCAUAGAGGAUGUGGACGAAACUCUGAGAACCAGCAUGCCAUCAAACAUUAUCAGACUCCUCGGUCAGAUCCACAUUGCCUGGUGGUCAGUUUGGACAACUGGAGUGUGUGGUGUUACAUAUGUGAUGACGAAGUCCAGUACUCUAGGACUGGACAUUUGGCUCAGCUGAUGACCAACCUAAAAAAGCAAACCUCUGCAGAUCCUAUAAAGAGACCAGAAAAAAGAGUAAAGGAGGAAGACAGCUUAGAAGUUGGGCAGAUGACAGAGACUGUAAAAACAGAGAAAAGUGAGGACAAGGAAAACGAGGACCACCAAAAGAAAAAUGUCAAAAAAGAGAGUGUAAAAUCACAGAAGUCUGGCACAUCUGAAGACAAUGGUGGUGUUUCAGUAAAGGGGCUGAGCAACCUGGGAAACACGUGUUUCUUUAAUGCAGUUAUUCAGAGUCUUUCUCAAACACCGCUCUUAAGACAGUCUCUCAACAAAGUGACAGAAGAGAAAAUCAGUCUUAACAUUAAACCUGUCGCCUCCUUGGAUCUGGAGCCUAUUGUGGUGCAGUUAGACCAGCCUGGAUCCCUGACUUUGGCUAUGUGUCAACUUCUCAAUGAGAUCCAGGAAUCCAAAAAGGGUGUGGUAACACCUCGGGAGUUGUUCACACAAGUGUGUAAAAAGGCUGCCAGGUUCAAAGGAUUUCAGCAGCAAGAUAGCCAGGAGCUGCUGCGCUACCUUCUGGACGGUAUGCGGGCUGAGGAGAUCAAAAGAGUAAGCUCUGGAAUCAUGAAGGCAUUGCAAGAAUCCAGAAAAGGCACAGAUGAAGAGCAGUUGAAGACACUAGUUAAAGAGUACGAGAAAAAUGGGUUUCCAAAAAACUUUGUCGACCAAGUUUUUGGUGGGGAAAUGACCAGCACUAUAAUGUGUCAGCAGUGCAAAACGGUGUCUGUAGUCACAGAGAUGUUUUUGGAUCUUUCCCUUCCUGUUUCAGAUGAGACAUACAGAAAGAAAAACCAAAAAAAAGGAGUUCAGAACACCCGUGAGUCAAGCCAGGAAAGCAGAAACAGUCCUGCUUUGACCAAUGGAAAUGAUGACAUUCCCAGUGGGGCCAGCAGCAAGUACCAACAGAAGAAAGCCAAGAAGCAGGCAAAGAAGCAAGCAAAGCAUCAAAAGAGGCAGCAAAAGCUUGAGGGCAGAGUCACUUUGGACAGUCUUACAUCGCCGAGCCACACGGAGAGCGAACAGACAGAUCCUACUGCAGAUGGGGAACCAGAUGGGGGAAAUGCUGACAAUGAAACACAUGAAGAAGCCUCACUGAGUGAAGGAAAUCCUGCACAAAUCAGUGUGUCUGAACAGGACCAGAGGGACCCUGAUACAGUCCAGGAUGAGAAGGAAGAGGACGAAGAGUCAGUGAUUGACUGUGACUCAUCAGCUACGUCAUCAGUCAGCAACCGUUUUAAUGUCUUAUCAGAGGAGCAGAACUCAAAGGACAGCAUCUUAGAUGAUGCCAAAAUGUCUGACAUGGAUCAGGAAGUAGAAGAGGAUACACAGCUGGUGAGUGAAAUGGAGAAAGUAACCCUGGAUGACGCCUUCAUAGAAGACUAUGAUGCUGAACAAGGCAUGGAGAGUGAAGAUGAGCCACUGGAGGCUAAAGAGUACACUGUAGUAAAUCAGGACCCAGAACUGGCCUUUCACACACUGGCUGCCAGGACGGCCCCUGAGAAACAGGAGUGUUCAGUACAGUCAUGCCUUUUUCAGUUCACAGAAGUGGAAACCCUCACGCAGAACAAUAGCCUGCUGUGUGUCACCUGCACUAAACGGCAGUCACACAAAGACAAAGCUGGAGGAUCCAAGAAGAAUAUUUACACUGACGCCUUGAAGCAAAUCCUGAUCUCCUCUCCCCCACCAGUGCUUACCCUUCAUUUGAAGAGAUUUCAACAGAAUGGAUACAGUAUUUGUAAGGUGAACAGACAUGUCCAAUUCCCCCUGACACUUGAUUUAGCUCCUUUUUGUGGGGUAAAAUGCAAGGCCAUGACAGAAGGAGAUGCUCAGAUUUCGUACAGUUUGUACGGUAUUGUAGAACACAGUGGAACAAUGAGAUCAGGUCAUUACACAGGGUAUGUGAAAGUACGACCUGAUAAUCCCUCAUCCAAUGGACUUGCAGCAGAAGGAGAUGCAAAGCCACCCAGAGGAUCCUGGUUCCAUAUAAGUGACACAAGCGUCCAGCCUGUGAGUGAGAGUAAAGUCCAGAGUUGCCAAGCCUACCUCCUCUUCUAUGAAAGAAUCCUCUAAUCGAACCGUGCCUCACUACUCAGGAAAUCCAAACAAUCCAAGCUGCUGCUGCUGCUACUUCAAUUCCACAGUAUAAGGGAUCUCAAACAGUUGAACAACCUUGGCCUGCUUUCUCAGUGACUCAAACUGCAAUGGCUGCAAUGAAAUGAUGUUGAUUAUACAGAAGGGACAUUUGACAGUGUUGACAUUUUCAUCACAGUGGUGUCACCCAGUGUUGCAAGUAGUAAACAGGACAAAUGUUUGUUAGUCACACUGAUGGGAAUAUGAUUAUGAUACAAUAAAUAAGUGUGCAAUGAAAGUCAAGAUGGACAUGAA